AUGAACUGCACUCAAGUCAAGCAAUUUAUUCUUGUGGGCCUCUCAGAUCGUCCGGAGUUGAAGAUGCCUCUCUUCCUGGUAUUCUUGUCCAUCUACCUCUUCACAGUUGUAGGCAAUCUAGGUUUGAUCCUGGUUAUUAGAACAGAUGCAAGACUCCACACCCCUAUGUACUUCUUCCUUAGCAACCUGGCUUUUGUUGAUUUCUGUUAUUCCUCGGUCAUUACACCCAAGAUGAUGGGCAACUUCUUGUAUAAACAAAAUGUGAUCUCCUUCAGUGCCUGUGCGGCUCAGUUAGGCUGUUUCCUGGCCUUCAUGACAGCUGAAUGUUUACUCCUAGCUUCCAUGGCCUACGACAGAUACGUGGCCAUCUGUAACCCUCUCCUCUACAUGGUUGCAAUGUCCCCAGGAAUCUGUAUUCAGCUUGUAGCUGCCCCUUACAGCUACAGCAUUCUAGUUGCAGUGUUUCAUGCGGUCCUUACCUUCCGCCUGUGCUAUUGCCACUCCAAUGUCAUCAAUCACUUCUACUGUGAUGACAUGCCCCUACUCCGGCUCACCUGCUCAGACACUCGCUCCAAACAGCUGUGGAUCUUUGCCUGUGCUGGUAUCAUGUUUAUUUCCUCCCUCCUGAUAGUCUUUAUCUCCUACACUUACAUUAUUUCUGCUAUCUUGCGGAUGCGCUCAGCGGAGGGAAGACGCAAAGCCUUCUCUACAUGUGGCUCCCACAUGCUGGCUGUCACCAUUUUCUAUGGAACCCUGAUCUUCAUGUACUUACAACCAAGUUCUAACCAUUCCCUUGACACAGACAAGAUGGCCUCCGUCUUCUACACGGUGAUCAUUCCUGUAUUGAAUCCUUUAAUCUACAGCCUUAGGAACAAGGAAGUAAAAGAUGCUCUGAGGAAAUUCAUUGUGAGUACAAACCAGGUUUUUGUGUUUAUGAAAUUAAGAAAGUGA